GCUAGCUUCAGAGGUGGAGGAAAGUAUCAAAACAAACGAUGUAGCUAGUUGGUGAAGGACCAAAAUUGUAGUUCGACUACGUGAGCUCAGCCAUGUCAUGAUACGAAGACCAAGCCAUCAUCUGAAACAGCAAAUGUUAUCAAAAGUGUUACAUUUAAGUUAAAAGAUGGAUUGUUUUUUGACGGCAAUGAUCGCGGUAUACAGUCUUCCAUGGGUAGCUAGUUAGCUAGAUGACUAGCAACUGGACGUCAAAGGCCUAGCCAGCCUGUUAAUGCACGCUUAGCAAAUAGUUUAAUGUUGUAAUUUUGACAUCGACAAUUGACUAUCCGACUAUUUGCUGUUGCCGCAACUGAAUAUAUUUAAUGUGGCCUAGCCUUAGCUGUCCGAUGAACGCCAAGUAAGCUAGCGAGAUAGAAGUCGGUUAGCUUUCAUCAUGAGUUGGUUUAACGCGUCGCAGCUGUCCAGUUUUGCUAAACAGGCGCUGACAACAGCACAGAAGUCUAUCGAUCGUGUGUUGGACAUUAAAGAAGACGAUCCAUGGGGUGAUACGGUCGUCGCUACGUAUGAUGAUUUACCUGGCAAACCUGUCUCAGCGGGAGGGUGGGGGAUGAACCAGUGGGACACCCCCGUUGAGGAAUGCACCAAGACUUCCCCUCCCUCAUCCGAGGCCAUCACCACCCCGGUGACUCGCACGGUGGUGGACGAGACGGAGACGUUCUUCAGUGCCUUCCUCUCUUCAGGAGAUCUGCCGACUGUCAUGAGCUCACAGGUGGUGUCCGUCCCUCCAAUUAAAUCGAGCCGAGGAGGACCACAGGAGGAGACGGAAAAGGAAGACACUGACGAAGUGGACUCCCCACAGCAAGGCGAAGCCGCAGAGGAUCAGCAGGACAGUGAGGGAUAUGCCGAGGUGGACAUGGACGUUGACUUGGACAAUGAGUCGGUUUAUGCAGAGCCUAGAAGUUCAUCCGCGGGCCCCGAUGUGGUUUUGCUGGAGCUGGAACCAGCCGUCUCUGUCGAUUUGACUGUGCCAGAGCAAACACCUACCAGCGAAGACCAGACAGUGCUUGACAAUACAGAGGUGGCAGCAAGCGAAGCGGCACCAGACGAGCCUCAGAGCAGCCCUGAGUCCGAGCUGGCCGUGGAUCACCUGGAGUCGCCCGAAGCCCCAGAGCCCAAGAGCCCCUCUAAAGCCUCACUAGCGCCCCCUAAGGAGAUCUUACUGGAGUCUAAAGACGCCAAGGGGGAGGACCGGCAGAGUGACACCCCGUCGCCGCCGGUCAGCGCUUUCUCGUCGGGCACGUCCACCACCAGCGACAUCGAGGUGCUGGACCACGAGAGCGUGCUGAGCGAGAGCUCGGCCAGCUCGCGCCAGGAGACGGCGGAGGCCAAAGCGGGCCUGCACCUCAUGCAGGGCUCCUUCCAGCUGCUGAGCGCGUCGGCCUGCGCCGACUACCCGCGCCUCGGGGAGGACUACCCCAAGCUGACGGAGAGCUGCGGCUCGUCGUCGGACGCCUUCGAGCGCAUCGACUCCUUCAGCGUGCAGUCGCUGGACAGCCGCAGCGUCAGCGAGGUGAACUCGGACGACGAGCUCCCGGGCGGCCGCACGCUGGCCUCGGUCACGUCGCCGUCGUCGCACACGCCCCCCGCCUCCCUCCUGGUCCCGGCGCCGAAGAAGGAGGACGGAGAGGAGGAAGACGAGGGAGAGGAGCGCAGGCACGACGAAACGAUGACCGAGCAGUCCCUGGACGAGGCGGAGACGGAGAUGGAGAGCGAGAUGGAGGAGAGCGCCCGCAGUGCCACGCCGGUGAACUGCGAGCAGCCUGAGGAGGAGCCGGAGUCCGACGUCACGCUGUCGGGCCUGAGCAUGGACGCUAGUGAGCCCAGGACGCCGCCCAUCACGGAGGAGAUGAGAGGAGCCUCCACCUCUCAGAUCCUGGAGCUGCAGAAGAUCAUUGACGACCUCACAAGCAGACUUGAAACAAGGGAGACACAGCUGUUGUCAGUCAGUAAAGACAAGGCCAGACUGGAAGAGGAUUGUGACAACCUUAAAGAUGAGAUAAUCGGCUUACGGGAGGAAACAACUACUGUCCAAUCUCUUCAAGAUGAAUUCACACACCGCAUUGCUGAAGCUGAGAGGAAAGCCCAGCUGGCCUGUAAAGAGAGAGACAUUGCCAAGAAGGAAAUAAAAGGCCUAAGAGAGGAGCUGGCGUCCAGGUUCAACUCCAAUGAGACCCUGGAACUGAUCAGAGACAAGGAAGAACAGAUCAGAGGCCUUCUGGAGGAAGGUGAGAAGUUGUCGAAGCAGCAGUUGCAGCAUUGCAACAUCAUCAAGAAGCUGCGUGUGAAGGAGAAGGACAGUGACUUGAAAAUCACUAAACAGACCAAGCAACUGAAGGAGCAGGAAGAGGAACUUAAACACCUACAACAGGUUCUAGACGGCAAAGAAGAGGUAGAGAAGCAGCACAGGGAGAACAUCAAGAAGCUGAACGUGGUGGUGGAGCGGCAGGAGCGCGAGUCCACCCAGGUGCAGAGCGAACUGGAGGAGUUCCUGGAGAAGAACCGCAGUCUCCAGGCAGCGCUGGACAACUCCUACAAGGAGCUUGCAGAGCUGCACAAGGCCAACGCCUCCAAGGACAGCGUGGCCCAGGAGCUGGCGCUCAGCCACCAGGAGCAGGCCAGAGAGGAGCUGGAGCGCGCACUGGAGCGCGCCACCGAGGAGGCCCGCAUGCAGCAGGAGGCCCUGGCCAACCAGGUGGCAGAUCUGCGGCUGGCGCUGCAGAGAGCUGAGCAGCAGCAGGCCAGGAAGGAGGACUACCUCAGGGAGGAGAUCAGCGAGCUGCAGCAGAGACUGCAAGCAGCCGAGACCAGGAACCAGGAACUGAGUCAGAGUGUCACCUCAGCCACGCGGCCCCUCCUUCGUCAGAUUGAAAACCUGCAGGCCUCGCUUGGCGGCCAAACGGAAUCGUGGGAGAAGCUGGAGAAGAGCAUCUCUGAUAGGCUGGUGGACGCAGAGGCUCAGCUCGCCGUAGCAGUGGAGAAGGAACGUGCCGCGACGGACGAGCUGCAUGGCCUCAGAGCUCAAGUGGCCUCGCUGGAGUCCCAGAGUUCCCUCCUGCGUCAGGAGAAGGGCCGUCUACAGGGCCUCCUGGAGGCGGAGAAGAGCCGGAGGGAGAGGCUAGAGGACGACAUCAGCAGGGAGCAUGUGGAGUUGGAGAAUCUGAGGGGAGAGCACUCGCGGGCUCUGGAAGAGGCCAAGAAAGAGAAGUUGCUAAUGACCAAUCAGCUGGAGAUGGAGAAGAUGAAGGUUGAGCAGGAGAAGAAGAAAUGCUACCUUGCGCAGGAGGCCCUCAAGGAGAAGGAGAGGAAGGCCAUGGUGAUGUCUGUGAGCGAGCCUCCGGCAUCGUCCCCGUCGUUGUCCCGCUCCAGCUCCAUCAGCGGGCCGGACCACGCCGGCCUCCACUCCUCGUUGCUGGCUCAGCAGGAGGACACUCUGGACCACUCCUUUGGUUCCAUGUCCAUCAGCGGGAGCAACCUGUAUGAAGUGGCUCGACUCGGAGGAGGCUCCAGCAUCAUGGAGAACCUGCAGUCACAGCUCAAACUCAGAGAAGGCGAGAUUGCACAGCUUCAGUUGGAGAUAGCCAGUCUUGAGAGGAGCCGUGCUGUGAUGGCAGAGGAGCUGGUCCGGCUGACCAAUCAGAACGAUGAGUUAGACGAGAAAGUGACAGAGAUUCCCAGGUUACGGAUUCAUCUCAAGGAUCUAGAGCAGAGGCACAACACCAUUUUGCAGAUGUACGGUGAGAAGGCAGAAGAGGCUGAAGAAUUGCGUCUGGACCUGGAGGAUGUGAAGAACAUGUACAAAACCCAGAUCGACGAGCUGCUGAAAAAUCAAAAAUAGACUCGAAAGACACUGAAAUCCAGGCAUAACAGGCUUUAAGUGCAUUCACUGUAAAAGAGAGGUUAUUACAAGACAAGCUGUUCCCUUCAUCGUUGAGCCUUUGGUUCAGUUUAAAGGCCAAUCCAUUUUUUUUUACUUCCUGUGACAAUUUAGCUGUCGGGUUGUUUAUCUAUUUAUGGAGUGAUUGCAGUUCAAAUAUGGGACUCGGAAUAGAAAAUGAAAUUAAACACUACACACGUGGAAGUACAGAUCAUAUAAUUAUUCCAAACCAUGGGGUGACAAAAGAUUGUCAAUACAUCCUUCCUGCUACAUUCUUGUUUCCUAGAAAACAUAAUCUAAUCUCUUAGCUCUAUAAGAAUGUAAAGGUUGAGGGUUGACUUGCACUAAAAUGUUUUAUCAUUUUUUAUAAAGUAUGCUGUUAUUUAGUUAAUCCCAUCCACGAAGCUCUAGGGUGGUGCUCUAAUCAAAUAACUGGAUACUUGGGGUGUUGCACAUUGUUUCGUUACAAUUUGUCCGUCAACUUUUACAUUAACUGAUGAAAGUAUGAAGAAAGAGAAAAUCGUGUUAUUUGGAAAUGGUCAAUUUCAGAUUCCGUAGUUGUCUCUUACUGUAAAUGUGUAAAUAAAUAAUCAUGUAA